AUGUACAUCCUUCAGCAACUCGCCCGGCUCCUUGAUCAGCCGUUCCUUCCCUGGAAGAAGAUUAUAGUUGGAUUCUCCCUCGGGCAGUAUCUCCUCGAAGGCUUCCUGUCCCUGCGCCAGUACAAGGUCCUCCAACAGAAAAGGCCUCCCAAGGUUCUGGAAGGAGAGGUCUCGCAGGAAGUCUUCGAGAAGAGUCAGGCAUAUGGCCGCGCAAAAGCCAAAUUCGGCUUUGUCUCCGGUCUCUACAGUCAAAUCCAAAACCUCGCGUUUAUUUACUAUGAUGCGCUCCCAAAGCUCUGGGCAGUUACCGGUAUCUGGCUUACACGCUAUCUCCCCGACCGGUUCCAAGGGGAAAUCACCCAUACUUUGGUUUUUGUCUUCACGUUCAACAUCAUCACCACCUUGCUUUCGAUGCCCAUCUCGUAUUACAGCACCUUUGUCCUCGAAGAGAAGUUCGGCUUCAACAAGCAGACCGUGAAGCUAUGGCUUUCGGAUAUGCUCAAAGGCCAAAUGCUCGGUAUCGUGCUUGGUACUCCCAUCAUCAGCGCCAUUUUGAAAAUCGUCCAAAAGACUGGAACCGGCUUUUUUUACUAUCUUUGGAUGUUCGGCGUUUUUGUUCAGCUGUUUGCCAUUACCAUUUACCCAAUUGCUAUCCUGCCGUUGUUCAACAAACUUUCACCGUUGGAACCCGGUACUUUGAAAACUGGCGUUGAAAACCUUGCUCGCAAGUUAAAUUUCCCGCUGAAAGAGCUUUACGUUAUUGACGGAAGCAAGCGAAGCGCUCACAGCAAUGCGUAUUUCUACGGUUUGCCCUGGAAAAAGCACAUUGUCAUUUACGACACUUUGAUUGAGAAGAGCGAGCCCGAAGAAGUUGUGGCUGUGCUGAGCCACGAGCUUGGGCAUUGGAGUUUGUCUCAUACGACUAAAUUGUUUGGAAUUGCCCAGUUCCACAUGUUCUACAUUUUCGCGCUAUUUUCCGCCUUUGUCAACAACAAAUCGCUCUAUAAGUCUUUCGGCUUCCACAAGGAAUAUCCAAUCAUGGUCGGCUUCCUUUUGUUCUCGGAUGCCCUGGCUCCAAUGGAUGCUAUUGUCAAGCUGUUGAUGAAUAUCCUUAGCCGAAAGUUUGAAUUUGAGGCCGAUGCAUUUGCUGUCAAGCUGGGCUACUCGGCCGAACUCGCAAAGUCGCUCCUGAAGCUCCAGAUUCAAAACCUUUCAACCAUGGAUGCGGACUGGAUGUAUGCUAGCUAUCAUUAUUCUCAUCCCAUCCUACCAGAGAGACUCGGCGCUCUCGGCUGGAUGGGAGGGAACGUCACUGGCAAAAAGAGUGAGGAUUCGGAAAAACCAGUCAAGGCAGCCGACCGCGAGCUGUAA